AUGGGAGAGAAAUCGUGCGACCAACUUCUUAUGAAGGAAAAAGGGGAUUUGCCCCCAUACUUAAGGUGUUCCAAGGUGGAGAUGUCCUUGUUGAUGACCUUGUUUCUUAGUCGCCGAUUCGCUGUUCUAUCUUUGAAGGUUUCAUCGAUUCACCAUUUCUCUAAAGGUUUCAUCGAUUCGUUCUACAUCUACUGCGUACAGGAUGAACUUUUUGGUGUAUCUGAAAGUAGUCCCCUGUUAGUCGAAGAUCCUCCACUGAAUGAUGAAGUUGCCACUUCUAAGAAAAAACCAACAUGUGGUGUCAACUUCAGUGCUGAGGAAGACAAGCUGCUUGUAGCAGCAUGGCUUAAUACCAGUGUUGAUCCUGUGUAUGGUAAUGAGCAACAUAAAACAACAUUUUAUGGCAAAGUUACAAAAUACUUUACGGACCACAAGGCUGAUUCUACACGGAGUGUUGCAUCCCUAACAACCCGAUGGGGAAUGAUUAAUAGGGAAACAAUUAAAUUUUGUGGGUCCUUAGCUAAAAUUGAAGCAAAGAAUGAAAGUGGAACCACGGCUCAUGACAAGCUAAUCUUGAAGGAUUUUCCAAAGUGGGCAUCUACUAUGCCCAGGGAAGAUUCAAGAAAAGAAAUGCCUCGAACUCCAGAUUCAAUAGAUCAAGGAAGUGGGGUUGAUGGCAUUAUGGAUUUCGAGAGGCCAAUAGCAGUGGUUGCUAUUUUUUCAGAGGAAUACUUGAGAUCACCAAACAAUGAAGACAUCGCUAGAUUGUUAGCCCACGGCCAAAACCAUGGAUUUCCAGGCAUGUUGGGAAGUAUUGAUUACAUGCAUUGGAAAUGGAAAAAUUGUCCAACUGCAUGGAAAGGGAUGUAUUGUAGUCAUAUUCAUGAGCCAAGUAUUAUUUUGGAAGCAGUGGCUUCAUAUGAUCUUUGGAUAUGGCACUCAUUUUUUGGGUUACCUGGGUCAAAUAAUGAUAUUAACGUGUUGGAGCGGUCUCAUGUAUUUUUUGAGCUUGCACAAGGACGUGCUCCUGCAGUUAAUUACUCAGUCAAUGGUCAUGAUUAUACAAUGGGAUACUAUCAUGCCGAUGGCAUAUAUCCACAAUGGUCAACAUUUGUGAAGACAAUCCCAAGGCCACUAGGAGCAGAAAGAAAAUUAUUCGCAAAAGCUCAGGAGGCAUAUAGGAAGGCUGUAGAGCGUGCAUUUGGAGUGCUUCAAGCACGAUUUGCAAUUGUACGUGGAUUUGCACGGUUUUUCUAUCAUGAAACACUACAAGACAUUAUGAAAGCAUGCAUAAUUCUUCAUAACAUGAUUAUUGAAGAUGAGCGAGAUGAAACUGAAGCAGUGGACUUAGAUUAUGAACAUAUUGAUGAGAUUUCAUGUACAAUGUCACGUGAGCCAACAAAUGAAUUUACGAAGUUCAUUCAAGUUCAUCAAUGCAUUAGGGAUCGAGAAGUUCAUUCUCAACUCCAAAUGAAUCUCGUUGAACAUUUAUGGCAAUUACAAGGAGAGUCAUGA